UAGAGAGAGUAGAGACUCGAGAUAACAAAGCCAAGAGCAAAAAUGCUUGAAGAAUCACUUCCUUCGAUCUUGGCUUCUGUGUAUGGUUGGUUUACCCCAACCGUGCUCUUCGUUUUACUGAACCUGAUGAUCGGCACCAUCGCCGUCUCUUCCGGCCUUGGUACCAAGAAAAAUCCAGCCAAAGAAGGGAAGCAACCUCCGUUAACUCGAGCCCCUUCCGUUCUUGAGCGACUCAAAUCCAUAAAUCUCUACCGCUACAGAUCCGAAGAGGUAAACCCAUUUCCCUCCGUCACAACCACUGUACAGCCGCUAGAACGGAUGACCUAUCAAACGAUUGAGGAACUAGCCCAGGAGGAGGAAACCCUAGAUCACAACCAAGAACAAGAUCACAAUCAAGAACUAGAUCACAACCAAGAACAAGAACAUGAAGAGCAACUUAACAGCCGUAACGUCGCCAGGUCGAUGUCGGACACGAAAUCGGCGGCCGGCUUCAUUCCAGUGAAGCUGCCAAAGAAGAUGAGGAAAUCGGCGAGUUCGAAAUCGGCUUUUGGUCAUUUCGAAGAAGAAGAGAUUGUUGAUCGUCUUCGGCCGUCUACUGUGAAGGAAGGAAAGAGCAGAGCGAGUGAAUUACAACAAUUUGGAGAGGACGAUGAGGUAGAUGCGAAGGCUGACGAUUUCAUCAAUAAGUUCAAGCAACAGUUGAAAUUGCAGAGGCUUGACUCGAUUAUUCGAUACAAGGAAAUGCUUACCAGAGGAGCCAAGUGAUAAAGUAAAGUAGUAGUAAACCCUUUUUUUUUUUUUUUGUUUAUCUUCGUCUUUCCCUUUUCAGAAUCUUAGGA